AUGGAAUUAAAGGUUCACUCCUCGUCAGAGUAUGAAAUGGUUGAAUACAAAAAAGGAGAGAAUGGUUUUGAACCACAUGGGAAACCUAUUGUCGGUGGAUAUGCAGAGGUCGAGAUUAAGUCUCGCUGUUAUUUCAUGAAAAAUCGUUAUAUGCUUUUCAGAACUCUUGAAGUGAGAAAGCAAUUAGAACAGAUUCAAGGUAUAGAUGGUUUUUUAGAAGAGUAUGGAGGUGUGUACAUUAAGCACGAUUCAGAAGCCAGACAAUCAUUAGCUAGGGGAUUACUGACAUUGACUGAAGAGAGUUUGCACGAGCUGGCAGGUAAAUAUGUUACCUUUGACAACACUGAGAAGAAUAAUGGUAUUUUAAAAUUAUUACUCAAAACCAUAUCUUUAAAUUCAAUUCCUCAAGACAUUUCAGAAGCCAUUACAACAAGACAACAAGAGCUGCGUUUGGCAAAGAAUGAGUCUAAACAAAGGACAAGACAAACAAUUGCCAACGCCCACCAAAAAGAGCUUGGUGAAGCAAUUAGCUCAGCAAACAAGAAGGCCAAGAAAUCUAGUAAGAAGGUGAAAAACAACAAGAGGAAACAUGUCGAGUCAGACAGUGAUGAUUCUUCUUCGGAAACUGAUAGCAAGAAGAAAAAGGUCAGUAAGAAAAAAGUUUCCAAGAAAGAAUCGAAAAAGAAACACUCCAAGUAA